AUGGAUGCUGUGGACAAGCAGGGCGAGACGCACCUCAAACCUGCAGCUGUGCUGGCCAUGGAGGGGAGCAUGCAGCACUUCAUCUUGCUGACCUUCACCUGUGCAUUUUCCUCCUGCUUUGCUGAAGUGGCCCUGGGGGUUGAAGUGUCUCCAGAAACCACACCCUUCCACCACACAGCUACUUCUGCUCAGCCACUUUCCUUUUAUCAUUCUUCAUCCAGUCAAGGCACCACAGUUCAUUUUAACAGCACAGGCUCUCUUGAAACAACACCCAUAAGCCAUAGAACAACUGUGCAGACAACAGACCAGCACCAGGUAACAACAGCACCAGGUCAUCACACAACAUCCAAGGCAGGAGGAACCACCACACAAGUGACCAAACAGAACUCUACAGUGGUAUCCACAACAUCAGCAGAUGGUGAGGCUACAAAUCAGGCAAUGGAAACAGUGACACCUACAGUGAAGAACACAACCAUAUACCCCUUGUCCUCAACCAAGCAAGCCACAACACACCUAAGCACCAAAAUGACAGCAGCAGCCAUAAACACAACCACAAACAACACGACACCAAACACACAAAUGACAGCUGCUGCCAUAACUACUACAGCCAUCUCUAUGCAAACUGUAAAGCCCACCACAGGCUCAGGAAAUCAAACAACAGCACCUAAAGGCCCAACAACCACAGCCAUGCCCGACACAACCCCCAUUCAUCCCGGGACUCAAACCACCAUCCCGUCGGCCACGACGACUCCGAGCCCCGCUCCCGCGCCCCAGCCCGCUCCCAUCCCCACCGGCACGUACGUCGUAACCAAUGGAACCAGCACCUGCGUCAAAGUGGUUGUGGGCUUGCAGCUGAUGGCUCAAAAUACACAGAAGAAGCGGAUGGAGUAUGUGGUUGUCAACCCCAACAGAACACUGACAUCUGGAAGCUGUGGGAUGGUGGAGUCUGAGCUGAACAUAACCUUCAGUGGAGGAUUUGUAAACUUCACCUUUGUAAAGCAAGCUCCAUCAUACUAUGUCAGUAAAAUUGGGACAAGCUUGCAGUUAUCUUCUGAAGGUAUGCUUUACUAUGCAGCCAUAGAGAAAAAGCUGUUUCCAACAAAGCUGGGGAAUUCCUUUAAGUGUACCAGCAAGCAGAUCUUCAGCUUGGAGAAGAAUUUCCAGCUGCUCUUUGUUAAUAUGCAGCUGCAGGCAUUUGAUAUGGUCAGCAACCAAUUUGGAAAAGAAGAAGAAUGUUUUCCUGAUAAAAGCAGCAGAGCAGCUCCCAUUGCAGUGGGCCUGAGUAUCCUGGGAUUGUUUGUCAUUGUGUUUGCCACUUUCCUGAUUUCCCGAAGAAAGCCACACAGAGGAUAUGAGCGUAUCUGA